AGUAUAAGGACGGUAGUUGUAAUUAUCUCAGGUCUUGCCAUAAGCAAAAAAUAAUUUUCUGUUCAGCAUUGCUAGGUCUCACUCCACUGAAUUAAGUCUCACUAUUAGGCAAGGCAGGCGCACACAAGCACGUACUCCGGUGGCUUGAGUUGCCUGGAUAAUUGUAAGUGACCGGCGAGAUGGUGUUGGUGGAAGACGAUGGGACAAGAAGGAAGACAGCGUGCGUCACCGGAGGGAAUGGGUACAUAGCCUCGGCGCUCAUCAAGAUGCUGCUGGAGAAGGGAUACGCCGUGAAGACGACGGUCAGAAAACCCAAUGACAUGGCCAAGAACUCGCAUCUCAAGGAUUUGCAAGCUCUCGGUCCCUUGCAGGUCUUCUGUGCGGACCUGGAGGAGGAAGGCAGCUUUGACGACGCCAUUGCCGGCUGCAACUAUGCCUUCCUCGUCGCCGCUCCGUCGAACCUCGACCCGCAGAACCCCGAGAAAGACUUGAUCGAGCCAGCCGUCCAAGGAACCCUCAACGUGAUGAGGUCGUGUCACAGAGCAGGGACGGUAAAACGCGUGGUCCUAACAUCGUCGGCGGCGGCGGUCACAGCCCGGCCGGUUGAAGGCGAUGGUAAUGUCCUGGACGAGGAAUCCUGGUCUGACGUCGGGUUCCUCAGAUCCACAAAAAUGGCUCAUUGGGCCUACUCGGUUUCAAAGGUGCUGGUAGAGAAGGCGGCGUGCGCGUUCGCGCAGGAGCACGGCAUCAGCCUGGUCACCGUGUGUCCUGUUCUUACGGUGGGGGUGGCGCCGGCGCCAGGUGUCAACACAAGCGUCGCCGUCUUACUCUCCCUACUAUCCGGUACAUACUUACAUCUACAAAUGAAUAAAGUUGAAGUUCUGUUUUCAAAAAAUACAUGGUGGUGUUGUCAGGCGAUGACGCGAUGGCCAGCAUUCUGGGGCACAUCGAGAUGUCGUCCGGUUCGAUCUCAGUGGUCCACGUGGACGACCUAUGCCGUACCGAGAUACUCCUUGCCGAGAAGGAGACGGCGUCAGGGCGGUAUAUCUGCUGCAGCCUCAACACCACCGCCGUGGCGCUCGCCCGCUUCCUGGCGCUCAAGUACCCACAGUACAAUGUCAAGACCGACCGUUUUGGUGGUCUCCCCGAGAAACCCAAAGUCUGCAUUUCCUCGGCCAAGCUCGUCGGAGAAGGCUUCCGGUUCAAGCAAGAUACACUGGACAAGAUAUACGAUGGUGCCGUCCAGUACGGAAGGGCCUUAGGGAUCCUUCCAUACUAAAAACUGGCAUGGUGGGUCUCGAGCGAACAGCCUCUAGGUUUUCCCUGCCGCACGAGUCAGCACACCCGUCGAUUUGCCUCUUGCUCAUGUGGACUUAGCAUCAUGGAGGUGUGGGGGAUCCCGUCCCUCGCCGACAGGAUCGCUAUGUUUUCAAGGUGUUUUUUAUAUUUUGUUAAAGUUUACAUGCUGCUUAAGAAGAGGAGGCGCUGGCGGCUCCUUGAAAGAUGAAAUAAAAUUCUUCCCGCCUAACCCCAUCCCGACGGUGCAUAUAGCAUUUUCGGAGGGCGUGUGGAGGUGUAUCUCCGACCGUUUUCAUGGAAUUUGAUCGGUUCUUAUAUUCAGUGAAUCUGCUUGGAUCCGGACUUCAUUUGUCCAAGUUCAUGUGUCAAU